AUGACACCCCCUUCCGAUAAAUCCUAUACAUACUAUCCGUGCCCUACAGAGUCUCCUGCUAUGUAUGGCGGAUCUCGUACUCUGGAGCGGACAGCUAACAGCCAGCAGAACGAUGAUGCAAAGAUAUGUGUAGUUAUGGUUGGGCUUCCAGCCCGGGGGAAGAGUCUCAUCGCAGGCAAAGCUCUACGUUAUCUUUCAUGGAUCGGGAUUCCAGCAAAGAUCUUUAAUGUUGGGCAGUAUCGCCGGCAGGACACGCCCCAACCUACGGCUGCAUUCUUCGACACAUCUAAUCCGGAUGGCGAAAGGCUACGCCGGGCUGCGGCAGAAGCUGCAGUGACAGACAUGCUUCGCUGGUUCUCAACUACAGGAGGACAGGUGGCAAUACUUGACGCAACCAAUUCUACCAAGGCUCGCCGCAAGUGGAUCCGCGACGUGUGCCAGGCGGCUGGGAUCGAGCCGCUCUUCGUUGAAUCGAAAUGCGACGACCGAGAACUCAUCAUGAACAAUAUUCGCGAAGUGAAAACCACCUCUCCAGACUACAUCGGACAGGACCCAGAAAUCGCCGCACAGGACUUUAUGGAGCGGAUCAACAACUAUGAAAAAGUAUACCAGACCAUAGAGGAAGAUGAGGAUGUGUCCUACAUCCAGCUCAUCAAUGUAGGGACGUCCGUUGUCAUCAACAAUAUUAAAGACUAUCUGUCUAGCAGAUUGGUUUACUACACCAUCAACCUUCACAUCAAACCUCGAUCAAUCUGGCUAUCUCGGCACGGAGAGUCUGAGUUUAAUCUCUCGGGACAGAUAGGUGGUGACGCUAACCUGUCCAGUCGAGGCGAGUUGUAUGCGCGAGCUUUACCUUCCCUCCUCAAGGAGUCUGGAGUCCCGCCUGGCACUAAGAUAGUUAUCUGGACCUCAACGCUUAAACGCACGAUCCAGACAGCUCGUUUCCUGCAGGCAGAAACAGGCUAUGACAAGCUCGAGUGGAAGGCCCUUGACGAGCUCGACUCUGGCGUUUGUGAUGGCCUGACCUACGAGGAAAUCGCCGAACGGUACCCAGAGGACUUCAAAGCCCGCGACGACGAUAAAUACAACUACCGCUAUCGAGGCGGUGAAUCAUACCGUGAUGUUGUCAUCCGUCUGGAGCCAAUCAUUAUGGAGCUCGAACGAAGUGAAAACGUGCUCAUAGUCACGCACCAGGCCGUUCUGCGAUGCAUAUACUCAUAUUUCCUGAACAUGUCGCAGGAACAGAGCCCCUGGAUGGAAGUUCCCCUUCAUACGCUGAUCAAGCUUACCCCUCGAGCCUAUGGGACCGAGGAGAAGAGAUUCAAAGCCAACAUCCCCGCCGUAUCGACGUGGCGUGGGAAAGGCUCGUCCGCAAAACACCAGGAGCCGCAGUGUCCUCCGCCUUCAGAUGACAAGCUGCAGCAUGACAUCUUGAAGGUCGAGCGAAGCUUCCAGGGCGAGACUCGACCCCUCGUCGAGUUUCGGCCUCGCGACAAGUCAAAGAUAGAAUCCAUCCUGACAUACGGAGACAGGUUGCUGGUCGGACUGAAUACAGGGUCGCUACGAAUAUACAGGGUUAAUGAAGUGAAUGAUGACGAAGAGGAAGCCCGGACUGGCGAUGACGCGGACGUGCAGGACGGCAGCGGUGGUGGAGGUGGUGCAGUACAGCCAACUACCACGACCAAACCGACAGAUCUACUACGAGAGCUAGAGAAGUUCUCACGGUACAAGAUCGAGCAGCUAGCGAUAAUCAAGGAGGCGAAUAUUCUACUCUCCCUGUCAAAUGGCCAUGUGUCGAUACAUGAUUUGCAGUCCUACGAGCUGCACGAGCAGUUGACUCGCACAAAGGGAGCUACCACCUUUGCCGUCACCUCGAACAUCGAGAAGGAUCAGGACACUGGAGUCCCUUCGAUUGUGUCUCGACUUGCCGUUGCGGUGAAGAGGAAGCUUAUGCUCUGGACAUGGCAAGAUAUGGAGCUUGAAGACGAUGCUACGGAGAUCACCCUCGUGAGCGGUAUAAAGACGAUAACUUGGGCAAACGGUACCAAGCUACUAGCCGGGCUUAGCUCCAGUUACGUCCUUGUUGACGUUGUGAGUAAAGAGGUCACGGAUAUCGUGGGGCCUGGAAGCAUUGGAGGAGCCGGGGGUUCGGAUACAGGGCGUCUGGGGGGAGUAGGUGCCGGUAUGAGCUACAUUGGUAUGGGCGGAUCAACGCCCAAACCGCUUGCUACGAGAUUAUGUGAAGGCCAGAUGCUACUUGCAAAGGAUGUCAAUACCCACUUCAUCGACACGGAUGGAAACGCCCUAAAGCGUCGUCAGAUUCCUUGGACCGUAGCUCCUGAAGCUGUUGGGUACUCAUACCCUUACCUAUUGGCACUUCAGGAUGCAUCCAAGGGUAUACUGGAGGUGCGAAAUCCGGAAACAUUGUCUCUUCUUCAAUCGGUGUCCCUCCCAUCGGCUACCAUGAUUCACAUUCCACAGCCAAACAUCAGCCUUGCACAUGCAGGAAAGGGUUUCCUUGUGGGUAGCGGGCGUGCCAUCUGGAGGAUGAGUGCUCUCGAUUAUGACUCUCAAAUAGAUGGUUUGGUUGACCAAGGCCACCUCGAUGAAGCAAUAAGCCUUCUUGGGAUGCUCGAAGACGCCCUUCUAAAUGACAAGGAAGGUAGAUUGCGGGAGAUCAAGCUACGCAAGGCCCAGGCGUUAUUCAGUAAGCAAAAAUAUCGCAAAUCGCUGGACCUAUUCACAGAGGUUUCCGCGCCUCCAGAAAUUGUCAUCCGUUUGUUCCCUAAACUUAUUGCUGGUGAGCUAUCCUCUAUUGAAGAAGAUACGUCACAGGAAAACUCAGAAGGUUCGGAGGAAAACCCUUUGCAACCAGAAAAUGGCACCAGCAUCAACAGUACCGAACCAACAACGCCGGACGACAAGCCAAAGGUCAAGAAUGGAACCUACGCACCCUCUGUAACCUCGUUUCUAAGAGGAAGACCAGAUGAUUCUAGUGAAACGGGGAGCAUGCGUGGUAAACCAGCAGAUAUGAAAGAGCCUGACAAGCGACUUGAAGGGAAGGAUUUGAAGGCGGCCGUUUACGAACUUCAAGGGUUCUUAGCUGAUAUUCGCCGGAGGCUUUCUAGAUUUAUUAGCCCCGACGGCACACUUAAAGGGCCCUCAAUCAAUGUUGAUAAAUCAGAUGAAGCUACCCAAUCUAUGCUGAAAACCCUAGGUAUUUCUUCAGAAGACCUAGAAAACGUUGAUAUGGGCCAGAAGCUACGUGAAACAGCUACUUUGGUAGACACUACUCUAUUCAGAGCACUCAUGUUCGCGACUCCAACGUUAGCUGGCUCGCUAUUCCGCAUCGACAACUUCUGUGAUCCUGAAGUAGUGAUGGAGAAACUAGAACAGACCGCUCGUUACGGUGACCUGAUUGACUUCUUGUUUGGCAAACGACUUCAUCGAUCUGCCCUAGAGCAACUCAAGAAGUUUGGACAAAAGGAUGCCGGAGAGGAAAUCUCGGCUGACUUACAAGGGCCUAAACGCACAGUUGCCUAUUUGCAAAACUUACCUCCGGAUAUGAUCGACUUGAUCCUGGAAUUCGCUGAAUGGCCGUUACGAAGUGACCCUGAGCUGGGAAUGGAGGUCUUUCUCGCGGAUACGGAGAAUGCAGAGACCUUACCGCGUGAGCGGGUUCUGGGGUUCCUUAACGGCAUCGAUGCGAAGCUUGCGAUUAAGUAUUCAGAACACGUCAUUAACGAACUUAAUGACCUGACGCCAGAUAUACAUUUCCGGCUGUUGACAUUGUACCUCGAACGGAUAUUGGAGAGCAAGCAGUCAAAAGACGUUUUCUCGAGCGAGGAAGAGCGGGAGGAGUGCAAGAGCAAGCUUCUGAAGGUGCUGGAGACGAGCGAGCAGUAUUCGCCUGCGAAAAUGCUAGACCGACUCCCAAGGGACGAUCCAGAGUUCUUUGAGCCAAGAGCAGUCACAUUGAGCAAGAUGGGACAACACAGACAAGCACUGGAGAUAUACGUAUUCAAGCUGAAUAAUGCCGCAAAAGCCGAGGAGUACUGCAAUCGAGUCCAUUUGUAUGAUGAUACAUAUACCAAACAACGCGCAACCCCGUACGGAAGUUCUCCCACACCUGAGGACGAGGAGAACCGUCCAUCUAUUUACCACACGCUUCUUUCCUUGUACUUGUCACCACCGCAUGGCCAAGAACCACGAUAUGGCCCUGCGAUCGAGAUCCUCGCACGACACGGCUCCCGAUUGCCAGCCAGCUCAACUCUAAGCCUUAUCCCCAGUACAUUACCAAUCCAUGACCUAGAGUUCUACUUCCGCAGUCGAAUCCGUGCAGCAAACUCUAUUCUAAACCAAGGACGCAUUAUUUCCUCAUUGCAUAAAAUUCAAAGUAUGGAAACAGAGGCUUCUCUGCGACUAGGUGAUGAGGUGGGCGGCAACAACAAGGGCAGAAACCGGUUUAUCACCGUUAGCGAGGAUCGGCGGUUGGGUGGGAGUGUUAUCAGCGUGUUUCCAAAGUAA